CUUACCUUCUACUACGUCUACACUGUGAAGUUUGGUUCAACUACAAGUUUCAAAUACAUCUUAUUUGUUACUUUUGUAGCGCCAGGACGACAAAUUUUAAUAUGUAAUAUAAAACGUAAUGCUAAACGUUGUCUAUUCGGGUAGUUUUGCAGUAGCUUUUAUUAGAAGGAUAACGUGAGCUAGCUAACCACCUGUUGAUACAGUGAGCAUCUUUGUUUACAUGUAGCGAGCGUAGCUAAGCUAGCUGCUAGUGUGUCAUGCUCUGCCAGUAGUCACGGAUGUUUUAACGGUAUGUUGAUGAGCUAGUUGUCGGUGUUGUUUACCUCUCCAAACAUUCUCAUACGUUUGAAGUGAGAAUCUCAGUUGGUUUGAUUAGACUAAGCUAACAUGCACUCAUCAUUACUCUGAUGUUUGAUAACGAGAGGAGUUUAACGGAAGAUGUGGUCAGUUUGACGAAUCUGCUUCGACUGACGGAGCUCAGUCUACAAAGUGUGGAGCAGAGACUGAGUCAGUCAAAAGGGCAUGAUGACAGAAGUGAGUGUGAGCAGGAGAACCCAGAUUUCCUGACCUUACAAGGCCAACAGACACCUGAUGUUCCUCCAUCCCAGUCAGACUGUGUUUGCCAGGAGAGGCCUCUCAGUGGGACGACUAAUAGACGAGCUGUUGCUGGCAGUCUCAGCCCACCUUCAUCCAACUCUAAGUGUAUCUCAUUCAAGGCCAGAUCUGUAGGGAUGGAGUCUUUCUCUACCAGGAGGAAGGGGGGCUGUUUGCGUCAGGAGAACGCCUGUCUGACUGUGCAGGAUGAGCAGCUCAUCAGUGACCUUGAUGCUCUGCAGUACGAACUGUCCACCUCCAAGUCACAGGUCCGCCUCAGAGGCCCCAGGGUCGGGGUUAAAAACAGUGUCGCAGUCAUGAGUGAGCAGAUUCGUCAGCUUCAAGCAGAGCUGGAGACUCAAGCUACAGAACUAAAGACAGCAAAGCUGAGGGCAGAGUGUAGCCAGGAAGCAGCAGCUCACAGAGACAUUUUGGUGGCGACACUGAGCGAGGAGCUGAGCGCGCUGAGAGAGGAGCUGGAGGACAAGACAGCACUCGGGAAACGGGCUGAGCAGCAGAGGAACCAAGCACUUCAAAAUGCAGAGAAACUCCAGGAAGCCUUCAGAGAUUAUAAGGCUACAAUUUCCAUUAAACUUAAGAGGGUGAUGGAGAAUGAGAGCAAACUGAAAGAGAGUCUGAUUGAAUGUGACAGAGAAAAGGAGGAGUUGGAAAUGAAAUGCACUCUGCUGGAGAGAGGAAAGGUAGAACAGAGCCAAACAAUUAGCCAGCUGAAGGAGGAGGUGACACAGGUUAAGUCUGUGGCUGCUGGCCUCCAGGCUCAGCUGGAAGAUGCCACACAAAAGGCCUCACAACUGGAACAGCAGCUUACGGAGCGGGGCACGGAGCUCAGAGAGCUGGCCUCUCUGAGAAAUGAGCUGGAAGACCUGCGGACUGUGACUCACAGCCAGGAGCAAAGGGUGGCCGAGAGCCACAGAGAGGCUCAGCAGAGCCAGGCGGAGCUGGCCAGCCUGGAGGCCAUACUGGCCCUGCUGCACCUACGCGAGGGUGCUGCAGGGGCACUGUGCGUCAGGCCCUGUAUGGUUCCCCUAGUGGACUACUCAGGAACAGCACACCUACUGAAGCCAAAGCCAGGUGAAGGCUACCAGCAGCUGCUGCGGGCGCUGCAGUCAAUAGAGGCUGAGCGGACCAAACAGAACAACCUGGUGGAGCGGCUUCAGGAGCGUCUGAGCAGAGCCCAGGAGGAGAUCUCCUCCCUGCAGAGCUCCAUGGCCCAGAGAGCCUCCCACUACCAGAACCUCCACACGGAGCUGCUAGACAAAGUCAGCCAAGCCACUGACACAGAGAAAGAGCUGAAGAGAAAAAGUGCACGUGUGGCUUCGCUGGAGAAACAGUUACAGGAGAAAGCUGCGGCCUACAGUCAGGCUGCACUGACCAACACUGAGCUGGAGAAUCAGCUACUGGAGAAAACCAGCACCCUUCAGCAUUAUCAGUCACUGAUGACCAAAAAGCAAAGAGAGUACCAGCAGUCUUUGGAGAAGUGUAAAAAAUCUCAGUCUCAACAACUCAUGGACCAACAGCACAGAACAGAAAUGUUGCAGCUUUCAGUGAAGGAGGCUCAGUCUCGGAUGUUGGAGAUGGAGCAGGAGCUAAACUCCGUCCAGACGGAGCGAGAUGAAGCUCAGGAAGCAGUCUUUCAGCUGCAGAGCUCCUUGGACCAACUCACUCAGCAGAGGCAGGCUGAAGUAAGACACAACGAGGAGCUGCUGCAGAGUUUCAAAGAGCAGGCGGCUCAGUCUGCUAAUAAGGUGGGUGAACUGCAGUCAUCUCUGUCAGCAUGUAGAGAGGAGCUGAACUCAUACCUGCAGCAGACAGAGGAGGUGAAGAAGAACUAUGAGAGUGAGCUGCAGAGGAACAAAGACAAGGUGUCCUCCCUGCAGGAGAAGCUCCACAGUGCCACCCUGGUUUGUCAGAGCUCCAGUGAGCAGAACCUGCAGCUGCAGCUUUCGCUCCAGCAGCAGCAGACCAUGCUGACGGAGAGUGCUGCUCACAUCUCUGAACUGGAGGAGAGUCAGAGCCAGCUGCAGAAACAGGUGUCCAGUCUGGAGCAGCAGCUUGAACGAGAGCGGGCCUCUCUGCAGGGCGAGGUAAUGAACAGAGAGCAGGACGCACAGGAGAAAGACAAGGACCUGCAGGAGAUGAACAGGCAGAACACACAGCUGGCCGAGUCUGUCAGCCAUCUGACAUCAGAGAUGACAAAGUGUCGAGUGGAGCUGGUGUCUAAAGAUUCAGAGCUGCAGCGUCUGAGGAAGGAUGUUGCUGUCAAGACUUCUCAGAUCAGCCGCAUGGAGGAAAGCUUGCAACACACGAGGAGCCAGCUCGACAGCAAGAGUGACAUGGUGAUGGAUCUGGAGGAGAAGCUCCAUCGCUGCGAAGCCGACCGGCUCAACUGUGUCCAGCUGGUCCAGCUCCUGGAGGGGCAGCUUCAAGGAGUGCGGGGAGAGUUGUCUGAGACUCUUGAGCAACUACGGGAGCUCAGAGAUGUUCUACAAAGAACACAAACCAUCUCAGAUGAGCGGCAAGCCUCGGUGGAAAAACUGACAGUCAGACUUAGUGAGACGCAGAGGGAGUUGGAGGAGAGAACUCACGAGGUCUUAGACAUGGACAAUGCACUGAAGGAGAGACAGGGGGAGCUCCAGCAGAGAGCACAGCUGCUGGCUCAGCUGGAAGUGGCCAUCAGAGAGCACAAGCAGGAGAUGGAGAGGAAGGUGGCGUCUCUGCAGCAGAGCCUGGAGGCCCGAGAGAGAGAGCUGAGAGACGCACAAAGGAAGGUCACAGACAGAAACAUGAAGGAGUCCCAGGAGCUGCAUGCAUAUCAGCAAAAACUUCAAACUUUACUGCAGGAGCUUGAAGAAACUCAGUGUCACUGUGAGGCUCUGACCAGAGAGCUGGACGCCACCAAGCUGCAGACCAAAGAGACGGAGGUCCGGCUGUGUGGUGUGGAGGAGGAGUUGGCUUUGAAGGAGGCCCGCUGGCUGCAGUCGGAGGCCAAGCUGCAGAGCACGGUCGCCUCUUUGGAGCAGGAGCUAGAGCUGGAGAGGGAGCAGCACAGCAAGGAGCUGGAGUCGCUGCAGCAGACUCGAGGCCAGCUCCUCAAAGUCUCCGAGCAGAUCUCCUCCUCCAUGCGCUCCUCCCAGGAGCAGCUCACUGCUAAACUUCAGCAGAGCCAGAGCCAACUCGAGGAAGCCAAAACCCAGCUGGACCAAACUAAGACUGAGCUGAAUCACGCCCGGAACCAAGCCAGUCAGCUCCAAACACAGAGAGACCAGACGCAGACCCAGCUGGAGCAAAGCAGGAUUCUGUAUGAGCAGACCAGAGCCCAGAACAGUCACCUCCAUGCCCAGCUCGAGCAACUCAGCAACCAGUUAAAUCAAGCCAGAGUCCAGGCUGCCCGGCUCCAGGGUCAGCUCCAGGCCUCCGAGAAGUCCAUGGAGACCUCUAAUGAGUCCCUCCUCAUCAAGGAGUCUGAGGUGACCCGUCUCCAAGCCAGGAUCUCCAGCCUGGAGCGAGCUGCUGAGCACCAGCAUCUGUACAAUCACACACUCUCCCUCCCUGCUCUGCACACACAGAGCUCCUCCUCCCCUCCUCCCUCCCCGAAAAAGCUUCAAACAGCUCUCCCCUCUUCUAAACACGCUCACUGGACUCGCCUCCCCUCCCCAACACACACACAAACUUCCUUGUCACCUCCUGCUCACACAUACCUUCAGCCCACCUCAGCCCCUCAUCUGUCUAACCACCAAACACUCGACUGGCUGCAGAGCAGCAGCAUCGACUCCUCUCUGGAUCUCCCUCUGAGUCUGAAGGCUACUCUGAGGGAGGCUUUGAGCAAGCAUCCAUGGGAGUCCUCCUCCUCCUCCAUCUCCCCUUUCCCAGACACAGUGGACCACAGCUGGCAGGGCCUCAGUGCCACGGAGGCCACAGUGACCUCUGACCUCUCCUUCAACCCCCUCACAUACAUGGUGGACAAGCAGAAGGACAGAAACCUCAGCAUGGAAGCCACCUCCAUGCAGGAGGGAGACGACGAGCAGGCGAGUGAGUCAAGGAGGGAGUCAGUGUGCACUCUGGUGGGUCAGGAGGAGGAGGUGGACAUGAGUUCACUCACAGGGAUGCUGAGGUUUGUUAAUCAGACGUUGGCCAUGCAGGCGGACCCUUCUUUGUGGAGCGCCACAGGGCUGUCACAGACCGGACGCAACCUCACACUGCAGAGGGACGUCAAGGAGACAUGAAGUUGUGUUGCCAAGGAGACAUCAGAGAGGAGACGAGCUGUUUACAUUGGUGUUAUCCUUGUGUCAUGUAAUAUACAUUCAUUAACAUCUCUAAUUUAAUCUCCCACGUUGGUGUAUUAAUGAAAUCAAACUGCAGGGAAAAGAUCACUACUGUCCAGUCUGUAAAUGAUUUACUGUGAUGUUGUUCCAAACUGUACAAGUGUAGCAAAAAUUUCCCAAACGGGUAUUUAUAUAUUUUUUACAUAAGAUUAAAUAAG